AUUCUGACAUUUUAUUGGGGCGAGAAGACGUUCGUCGGUGUGUAUAAAUUUGUGCUUUAGUUUUAUUAGGUAAUGCCAAAAUUUUUAAAACAACCUCAUUAAUAGUACGCAUUCAGAACAGUUAAAAAACGGUCAACGAAAUAAGUCAUAAUGCUGCGUUCUAAACUCUCGCAAGUGGCAUGCGCCACCCAGCGUGCAUUCUCCAUGAGCCCCAAAUCGUUGGCAGCCAAGCAGAUGACCGUACGCGAUGGCCUAAACAGCGCCCUAGACGACGAGUUAGCCAGAGAUGAUCGUGUGUUUUUGCUCGGCGAAGAGGUGGCACAAUACGAUGGCGCCUACAAGGUGUCUCGUGGUCUAUGGAAAAAAUAUGGAGACAAACGAAUCAUCGAUACGCCAAUCACAGAAAUGGGUUUCGCUGGAAUUGCCGUCGGCGCAGCAAUGGCUGGGCUGCGUCCAAUUUGCGAGUUCAUGACUUUUAACUUCUCAAUGCAGGCCAUCGAUCACGUGAUCAAUUCAGCUGCCAAGACAUUUUACAUGUCCGCUGGAGCCGUCAACGUGCCCAUCGUGUUCCGUGGACCUAAUGGAGCAUCAGCUGGUGUUGCAGCACAGCACUCCCAAUGCUUUGCAGCAUGGUACGCUCACUGUCCAGGAUUGAAGGUCGUGUCACCCUACGAUACAGAGGAUGCACGUGGAUUGCUGAAGUCUGCCAUACGUGAUCCCGAUCCAGUUGUUGUCUUAGAGAACGAGCUGAUGUAUGGUGUUGCAUUUCCGGUUGACGAAAAAGUAACCGAUGCCGAUUUCUUGGUGCCCAUUGGAAAAGCCAAGAUCAUGCGGCCUGGCAAGGACAUCACAAUUGUGGCGCACUCCAAGGCUGUGGAAACAGCGCUACUUUCGGCUGCAGAGCUUGCUAAAAAAGGCAUCGAAGCUGAAAUAAUUAACCUGCGUUCCAUACGCCCUCUGGACAUGCAAACCAUUUUUAAUUCUGUGCGUAAAACGCAUCAUUUAAUCACCGUAGAAAACGGCUGGCCACAACAUGGUGUUGGUGCUGAGAUUUGUGCUCGCUUUAUGGAGGAUCAGGCCUUCUUUGAACUAGACGCACCAGUGUGGCGAUGCUGCGGGGUUGAUGUGCCCAUGCCAUAUGCCAAGACUCUGGAACUCAAUGCACUGCCUCGCGAGCCCGAUGUCACUGCAGCCGCGCUGAAAGUGCUUGGCGGCAAGAAAUAAACAGGCAUAUAUAUGCACACAAACCAAUCAGGCUUACCAAAUUUUUUGUCCUUUAAAAAACGAUGGGCAUUAUUUGUCCAAAUUUUUAAAUGCGUGGCAAAUCGAAAAGUGAAAAUAUAAAUGUUUGCU